GUUUUGAGUCUCGGACGGGGAAGAAGGGAUUGACUCCAAAACAGGAAAUUUCCAAAGCAGCGGGAUCCCAGAGAGCAAAAUCAGAAGAACAUGUAAGGAAUAUUUCCAAGGAACCUGAUUUUGAAGAGAUGAGUAAAACUGAGGGAAAGUUAAAGAAUUGCUGGAGAAAAUCUGCAGAGGAAAGACUUAAGAAAUCCUUCUCCCAGAAGAACAAUUCCAGGCCAGUGACAUUAACAUGUAGGAAAACCCCUAUUGGAGGGGAAGGCCAGAAAUCCAGUUCUGUGGAGGUAAACUGCACUGCAGACCCAAACUCUUUUGGAUUUCAUAGAGCAUCUAGAGGGGAGAGUCUCCACCAGAAUGUGCCAUGUAUGGAUGACUUUAAAGAAAGUCAGGACCUCAUUAAUCUCCAGUGUUUCCAUCUAGGAGAAAUAGCCUGUCAGACAGAUGUGUUUGUGAAAGUGCCCAGGCAGAGUUCAGUUCUUAGUGAGAAUCAGAGGGUUAACAAUCCAGAGAAAUUCUUUGAGUGUACUGAGUGUGGAGUACCUUUCAGCCCGAGUACAGCACUUUCUCAGCAUCAGAGAAGUCACUCUGGAGAGAAGCCCUGUGAGUGUGGUAGAUGUGGAAAAAUUUCCCGCCACUGCUCUGUCCUCAGCCAACAUCAGAGAGUUCACUGUGGAGAGAAGCCCCACACUUGUGCUGAGUGUGGCAAAUCUUUCAGGGCUCAUUCCUAUUUCAUUCAGCUCUAUAACACUUACACUGGAGAAAGACCUUAUGAAUGCAGUGAAUGUGGGAAAGCUUUCAGUGCACGUUCAUCUUACAGUCAACAUCUUAAAAUUCAUAUGGGGCAGAAACCUCAUGAGUGUAAUCAGUGUGGGAAGGCCUUUAGUCAUAGCUCUAACCUGAUUCAUCAUCAGAGAAUUCAUAGUGGAGAGAAACCAUACAAGUGUAAGGAAUGUGGGAAGGCUUUCAGUAGACACUCACACCUCUUUCAGCAUGAGAGAACUCAUUCUGGAGAGAAACCUUAUAACUGUACUGAGUGUGGCAAAGCCUUCAGUGCACGAUUAUCUCUCAUUCAACAUCAGAGAACUCACACAGGAGAAAAACCCUAUGAAUGCAAUGAAUGUGGGAAAUCCUUUAGCCUGAACCGAACCCUUACUGUUCAUCAGAGAAUUCACACUGGAGAGAAACCUUAUAGGUGUAAUGAAUGUGGAAAAUCUUUCAGUCAGCGCUCCCAAGUCAUUCAGCACAAGAGAAUUCAUACUGGAGAGAAGCCUUACGUUUGCGAUGAGUGUGGAAAAUCAUUCAGUGCUCGCCUGUCCCUCAUCCAGCAUCAGAGAAUUCACACUGGAGAAAAACCUUAUGGAUGCAGUGAGUGUGGGAAAACCUUCAGCCAAAAGGGACAUCUGAUUCAGCAUCAGCGAAUUCACACUGGAGAGAAACCCUAUGAGUGUAAUGAGUGUGGAAAAGCCUUCAGCCAGAGUUUUAAUCUUAUUCAUCAUCAAAGGACACACAAUGGUGAGAAGCCCUAUGAAUGUAAUGAGUGUGAUAAAGCCUUCAGUGUGCUCUCUUCCCUUGUUCAACAUCAGAGAGUCCAUAAUGGUGAGAAGCCCUAUGAGUGUCACAAAUGCGGGAAGGCCUUUAGCCAGGGCUCACACCUCAUUCAGCAUCAGAGGAGCCACACUGGAGAGAAACCCUACGAGUGUAACAAGUGUGGGAAAACCUUUGGGCAGAUAUCCACCCUAAUUAAGCAUGAGAGAACACACAAUGGAGAGAAACCCUAUGAGUGUGGUGACUGUGGGAAAGCCUUCAGCCAGAGCGCACACCUCGUCCGCCAUCGAAGGAUUCACACUGGAGAGAAUCCCUACGAGUGCAGUGACUGUGGGAAGGCCUUCAAUGUCCGCUCCUCUCUCGUCCAGCAUCGCAGAAUUCAUACGGGGGAGAAGCCUUAUGAAUGUGAAGAGUGUGGCAAGGCCUUCAGUCAGCAUUCACAAUUUAUUCAGCAUCAGAGGAUUCACACUGGAGAGAAACCCUACAUAUGCAAUGAAUGUGAGAAAGCCUUCAGUGCACGUUUAUCCCUUAUCCAACACAGGAGAAUUCACACAGGAGAGAAACCUUACAAAUGCACUGAAUGUGGAAAGUCCUUCAGACAAAGCUCUCACCUUAUUCGACAUCAGAGAGUUCACAGUGGAGAGCGACCUUAUGUGUGUAAUGAAUGUGGGAAAACUUUUAGUCAGAGAAUAACUCUUACCAGUCAUGAGAAAAUUCACACUGGAGAGCAAGCCUAUAAGUGCAUUAAACGUGGGGCCCUCUUUAGUGCACAGGCAGCUUUCAUUCAGCACCAUAAAGUUCACAGUGGAGAAUAACUGCUUUAUUCGAUAAAGUCUUCACUGUUUUACAACAGGAGCAGUAUACUGAUGGGAAAGCCAUUCAUUGCUUUUACAGCUUUCAUUUUGGAGAUUCAUCUCGAGUGAUUUAACAAUCUCCCAGUGCACUGUUAACUGAGGGCAGGCUGCCAAAUUAUGUGAUAAAAAAUCCAAGGUCACAUGCCUUUCCUCUGAUUCAGAGGGUGGCCCUGUACUUAAGUACUUGAAAUGAACACAAUUUAAUUACACUUAAGAUUGUGUUUUCAUAGCCCCAGACCUUAAGGUGCAGUGAGGUAUUUCAUGUGGCCGUUUGCUCUUCCUUCCUCAUCAUCAUCUAUUUCAGGUUCAAGGAAAGUAACUGGAACCCUUGCACUUUAAAGCCAGAAAGAGCCAGGUUGAGAUUUCCUUGUUGAUUUGUUUGGGCCUCUUCAAAAGGGUUUAUUGUGAGGAUGUGGUCCCUUUAACUUCAAAACUGUUCUCCCUUUUCAGCACCAGAUAAUCCAAACAGGAGCAAAAUUUGUUAAGGAAUGAGGUGAGGUGUGUGUGUAGAUUCAGACUUGAGAUCCUGCUAAGUCAAAUGACACGUGUAAAAUGAGUUUUUCUACAAGGUAAUUUGGAAAGUCAAACCCCUGUGAAUUGGGAGGAAAAUAAGCAUAAAGUAGACACACUGUGGCAUGGGAUAUGACUUACAGGAUUUGUAAGUCAUGGCUUCUCCUGGCUUCUGAGGGCGUUGGAGCUUUUUAUCCAGUUACAACUUCUAGAGA